AUGUCUGCUAAGGCAAGUGUUCAGCGCAAGCCCAUCACGCUUGCAAAGAAGGCCGAGAUAUUGUCUGAUGUAAAAGCCGGCAAAGCCUCGAAAACUGAGAUUGCACGGAAGUAUGGAAUUGCAAAGAGCACGUUGGCAGGAAUCAUUAAGAACGAGGCACGAGUAACCGCCGCGUUCAACGAUGGCGAGUUUGCGCCGAAACGGAAGAAGAUGCGAACUGCGGCAAACAAGGGUUUAGAAGAUGUUCUCCUGGCUUGGAUCCAGCGAGCUAGAAGUGCAAAUCUGCCUGUCAACGGUGUUGUACUGAAAGCAAAGGCAGAAGAAGUUGCCCUCCGGAUGAACUUAAAAUUCUCGUGUAGUGACGGGUGGCUUGACCGUUUCCGCAAAAGGCACGGGCUGGUUUUUCGGUCGAUCGUCGGUGAGUCCGCCGCCGUUGAUGAAGCGACAUGCAACGACUGGAGGCUAAUGAAGCUCAAGGAUCUUCUACGGGAAUAUAACCCCAGGGACAUAUACAACGUGGACGAGACUGCCGUUUUUUAUCAGAUGCUCCCGCAGAAGACGCUCGCGCUUGCUGGUGACAGCUGCACAGGGGGCAAGCACAGCAAAGUCAGGAUUACCGUCCUCGUUGGCGCCAACAUGACCGGAACUGACAAACUGAAGCUUUUUGUUAUUGGCAAGUCGAAGUCCCCGCGUUGCUUCAAGAAUAUCAAAACGCUUCCGGUGACGUACACGGCCAACGCCAAGUCGUGGAUGACUCGGUCACUGUUUGAGCAGUGGCUGCGAGAUAUGGACCGCCGUUUCGUAAAAGAAAAAAGGCGUGUCCUGUUUCUUGUCGACAACUGCCCUGGUCAUGGGCAAGUCGCCGGACUUGAAGCCAUUCGUGUGGAGUUUCUGCCCGCGAAUACAACGGCGAAGCUCCAGCCCAUGGACCAGGGAGUGAUCAGCAGUCUCAAGAGGCACUACCGCCGAUCACUUCUCCAAAGGAUGUUGCUCUGCUUGGAGAGCAAUAAGCAGUACGUGGUGGACCUUCUGGCUGCUGUGCAUUUGCUGAGCAAUGCAUGGAGCCAAGUAACUGAAACGACAUUUGCGAAUUCAUUCCGCCAUGCGGGAUUUGUCGCUCCAGACGAUGACAGCGCACCUGACAGUCCAACCCAGGAUUGCGGCAGUGACAACGAGGAGGAGGCUGCAUUGCUUUCUUCACUAGGGAGCAAAGGCGUCGUCGUGGACAUGAGCACCUACGUCAGCGUCGACGAGGAUGUGGAAACGUGUAGGGCAGACACAAUUGACUCCAUCAUCGAAGAAGUGCUUGAGGUGUCUUCUGAAGGCUGCUCUGAUGACGACGAGGACGAUGCUAAUCCAAGGCCCGUGCCUGUGUCCUGCGAGGCAGCAGAUGCCUACUUGAACUCGCUGGUGAUUUUUUUUCAGCAGCACGAGGGUACAGAAGGAUUUUUAAAGUCCUUAGGGGAAAUGGCAUCGUUUGUGUCUGCUCGCCAAUUUGCCACGAAGCGGCAAGCAUCCAUCACGGACUGGCUGAAGCCCAGCAACAGUUCAAAUUGA